UUUUUUUAUUAAAUUAUUAAACUCUGAAUUAUCUUUAUCAAUUUCAAACAUGACCACAUCUGAAGAUUUCAUUGGUCAAAAUGCUCUUAUCUCUUAUUUAUCAGAUAACAAUAGGACAACAAAAUCAUAUUGGAGGUUCUUAACAAAUCACCGUGAUAUUAUUAUUGCUUCAAUUGAUACUACUUCAAAUUUAGAUAAUUGGAAAAAUCUUGAUAAUCUUUGGGCUGUUCGUUUUUUGAGAGAAAAAAAAGAUUUCCUUAAAAAAGAUUUUCCUGAUUUAAAAGAUAAGGUAAUUGCAGAACGAUUUCGAUAUGCAAAAACAUUAAAAAUAUUUUGCCAAGAAAUUAUUAAAGAAUAUAAAAAAAAUCAAGUAUUUAUUGAAGAAAAUAAUGAAAAAGAAAACAUAGUGCUUGCUGAUUUUGCUGAUUCAUCUUGUUCACACAUUUCUAAUUCAUCCCAUUCAAAAAAGAAUGUUGAAAAAUAUAAUAAAAAAGAAAAACAUAGUAUCUGCUAAUUCUUCUUAUUCACAACAAAUUAUUGAAAAUACUGAUUAUGAUUACUUUAUUCCUAUUAAAAAUCAAUCUAUUUCUAAUUCAUCUCAUUCAAAAAAAAAUCAAAAUUCCUAUUAAAAUUCAUUCUAUUUCUA